GACCCUUGCUGGGCCGGAAGCGGCCGCACGGCGGAGAGCAGCGACGCGCCGAUGGGGUCCGGGUCGCGGAGCCCUGCGGGGCGCUCGCGGCACCGGAGCCGCAGGGAGGCGGGCGGGUCCCGGGAGAGGAGGCGCCGCCGGUCCCGCUCCGGGUCCAGCGGCGCCAGCAGCGAUGGAGGCGGCCGGGCCCGGGGUAGCGAGACGCGGCGGCGCAGGAAGCCGGGCUCGGGCUCGGACUCUGAUGAGAGAAAGAGAUGGAGAAAGAAGAAAAGCAGAAGCAGGGACCGGCACCACAAAAGCCAGAAGAAACACCGCGCUCGGUCACGGGAUCGCUCGUCUAGCUCAGACUCGGAGGCAGAGAGAGAGAAGAAAAGAGGCCGCAGCAGAGAGAGGAGAAGAAAGCGAUCCAGUUCCAGGUCUUCUGUGUCUUCCGUCACAUCUCCCUCUCCUUCACGUGAGGAGCUGGGGCAACAGCUGAGCCUUCAGGAGCGACUCAGACUGAAAGAGGAGAAGAAGAAGCAGGCUGAGAUGAUGAAGGCAUUGGAAACACCGGAGGAGAAGAGGGCUAGGCGGCUGGCAAAGAAGGAAGCCAAAGAGAGGAAAAAGCGUGAGAAGAUGGGCUGGGGGGAGGAAUACAUGGGCUACACCAACACCGAUAACCCCUUUGGGGACAACAACCUGCUAGGCACCUUCAUCUGGAGCAAGGCCCUGGAGAAGAAAGGGAUCGGCCACCUGGAGGAGAAAGAACUGAAGGAGAGAAACAAACGAAUCCAGGAGGACAACCGCCUGGAGCUGCAGAAGGUGAAGCAGCUGCGCUUGGAACGGGAGCGAGAAAAGGCGAUGCGCGAGCAGGAGCUGGAGAUGCUGCAGCGGGAGAAAGAGGCGGAGCACUUCAAAACCUGGGAGGAGCAAGAGGACAACUUCCACCUCCACCAGGCCAAGCUGCGAUCAAAAAUCCGGAUCCGGGACGGCCGUGCCAAACCCAUCGACUUGCUGGCCAAGUACAUCAGUGCAGAGGAUGACGACCUGGCAGUGGAAAUGCACGAGCCUUACACAUUCCUGAAUGGCCUGACGGUCUCCGACAUGGAGGAUCUGCUGGAGGAUAUCCAGGUUUACAUGGAACUGGAGCAGGGCAAGAAUGUGGAUUUCUGGAGGGACAUGACCAUUAUCACUGAGGACGAGAUAGCCAAACUCCGUAAACUAGAGGCUUCUGGGAAAGGCCCAGGAGAGCGCCGAGAAGGAGUCAAUGCCUCCGUCAGCUCAGACGUGCAGUCGGUGUUCAAGGGGAAGACGUACAACCAGCUGCAAGUGAUCUUCCAAGGGAUUGAGGGCAAGAUCCGAGCCGGGGGGCCCAACCUGGACAUCGGUUACUGGGAGAGUCUGCUGCAGCAGCUUAAAGCGUAUAUGGCCCGGGCCAGGCUUCGGGAGCGGCACCAGGACGUGCUGCGCCAGAAGCUGUACAAGCUGAAGCAGGAGCAGGGAGUGGAGAGUGAGCCGCUUUUCCCCAUCCUGAAGAAGGAGCCGUCUUCUCCCAGCGACAGGGGUGCGCCAGGCCGCUGCAGUCCCAGCAGGGGGUGUCACAGUUGGCACGUCAGGAGCAGGGCGAGACUGACCUGAGCUGGGGGAAGGGCCCUGGACAUGGUGAGUUAGUGCCCUGCUCCGCUGAACACUGUUGUUUCUGAGCACUUCCCUCCACGCCGCCCAAGGCUUUCUGCGGCUGGAGACGGCAGCGGUCGGUCUAUUGGUACCAGUGAGAGGUUGCACCCGUCCAGUGCUGGGAGUAGAACCCAUCACUAGGCUGGCAGCCACACUGCCUUUGGACAGACGGGCUUCGUAGCUCCCUGGAGCCCCGGCUCUGCCCCCAAACCACCCCCUUCUAGAGCCAG